UGACGUCACAUCCGCCCUCCCCUCAUCCCCUCGGGCAGUGAUGGCGGAUCCGGUUCGGGUUCGGCUCCGCGCUGCCCCCGCGGCCCCUCCCGAGCCGCUCCCCGUGCAGCUCCUGCCCUGCCGCAUCCAGCACGACGGGCCCGCGCCCGUGGCCGCCUUCCUGCGGGUCCAGCCCGGCGCCGACGGCGAGCUCUGGUCCUCGUUCCGGGGGCGCCGCUUGGGGGGCCGGGAGCUGCCGCUGCCCCCCGGUUACCGGGGGCUCGUGCUGCGGGGGGAGGAACCGGGAGAGACCCCCCAGGCCGGCUGGGUGACCCCUGUGGGGUCGUUUGAGGCCAUCACGGACUGGGGGGCUGACGCUGCCCCUCCCCCCGGCCGGGGCCUGGCCCGGGCCCUGCAGUGGGGACCCCUUGCCCAGGCCCUCCACGCCCCGGUGAGUGACAGCGACGAGGAGGCGGAGCCCUGAGGCCACGCCCACCAGGACCACACCCAGGGGUGGCGCCGGCGCAGGCCACGCCCCUCCUGUGACAUCAACGGAUCCAGCGUGGCUGAGGCCACGCCCCUCGUUACCAGAGCUGGCCACACCCAUGGGCGGGGCCUGACCCAACCAGAGUGCCUGGGCCCCUCCCAGUGUGGGUGGAGCCUGCGGAAGCCCCACCCCCUUUUAUUUAAAAACCCAAAGCUGUUCACAGGAGGCUCCACCCACAAACGAAGCCACUCCCGCGGUGGGCGUGGCCCGGCAGUGCCCCACCCCUUUCCUUUUAUGGUCAAUAAAGGACGUGCGGCGCCAGCCGUGGGCGGG